AUGACGCACUCCGAACUCCUCUCUGCCCUGCCGUUCCAACCGGCUGGUUGUCUCCUUCGUAAGGCACCUCCCUACACCGGCACCCAGGGGGAGGCUGCUUCAAAAGGCAUCAUUGAUCGCGAGGCUGCAACUUGCAGUUGGCGUGGUUCCCGCAAGGACUCUGUUGAGCGUCCCCUGGCUCGAAUCCUACAACAAGUAGCCACCCAGACUAUGGUGGGUAGCAAGCAGAAAUUCACCCUGCGGCCCGAGGUGAUUGCCACUCGGUUUGAUCGCUUCUAUCCGACCUACCGACACUCGGAUCAGACCCACGAGCUGGUCACACGAACCCUGAAGAAGACCCUGGAAUCCAGUCCUAAUCUCCUUCCGGCAGACUUCCCCAUUCCACCACCGCCGCCCCGUCCACGCAGACGUUUUGCAAACCACCUCAACGGUCCACUACUGGGCUUGCUCCGCUGUACUACUUUUGUUCGGCUGCUGCGGCAGUUGUUGGAUAUUGGCAUCAAGCAGGGCAACUUGCAGUCAAAGUGGUCCGAAACCCUGUUUGAGCUUGUCCUCCAUCUAAUAAGUAUAGCUCUCUACGAGGACUCCAUAACGUUCGCGGAGACUGGCGAAAAACCCUUCCUGAAGGCCGUCAGCCAGGUGCCGGAGGAGGCUGAAAGUGAGGAGGAGCUGGAGCGCCUUGCUGUGUUUCAGCACUGGAAACGGCAUGAUCAGUCUGGCGAUGUUUCCCCGACAAACUAUAACUGCCUCUUGCCUCGCCUGAAAAUCCUCGUGGGGCUGCCAGACCACGAACGACAGGCUGAUCUGACAAAAUGGGUCAUCAAACUCUGGAAGGAAGUAGCUGAGGGCCAAUCAGUGAUGUCCCCGCUACAGUCACCCUCGAUGGACGUUGAUGAGGAGUCACCGGCGUUGGAGAAACAGCGUCGUCUUGAGGCAAAGCGCCAGCGGCAGGCCAACAUCCUUGCAAAGAUGUCAAACAUGCAGCGAAAGUUCAUCGCCACACACGCCCAGUUUGAGGGUCUGGCAGAUGAGGAAGAGGAGGACGCAGACGCAGUGGGUGAUCGCGCUAAGCAGGCGGAGGCUACCCAAGACCUGACGCACGAUCCAAAUGACCUCUCAGCCAUCGCCGCUCUCGGACCCAAUCCCCAUCGGGACCGCAGGAAGGAGCUGGAGAAGGAGCCGGCCUCGGUCACCUGUAUCCUCUGUCUUGUGAGUUUGGUUACCUCAUUGUGCCCUCUCAGGGACCUUCUGUCCAGUUUGUGCUUGUGGGCGACAGUGUAG